AGUGUGGGGUUGUUUCUACAUGGAAGUAGGUUGGCAGAAGCCGAAUUCCUUGAAUUAUAAAGCUGCCUUUUAAUGGUUCAUAUUAUGUGCUCAUUCUUCAAAACAAUAUGGAGAAAGACAAGAAGCACUUCGUGCUAGUUCAUACAGUAGGUCAUGGAGCCUGGUCCUGGUACAAGAUUGUGGCGUUAAUGAAAUCUUCAGGGCAUCAUGUCACAGCUCUUGACUUGGGCGCUUCAGGAAUCAACCCGAAACAGGCCUUUGAAAUCCCACAUGUUUCUGAUUACUUGAGUCCGCUAAUGGAGUUCAUGGCUUCACUUCCUGCUGAUAAGAAAGUAGUUCUUGUAGGUCAUAGCGCUGGUGGACUCGCCAUUUCUAAAGCCAUGGAAACCUUCCCAGAAAAGGUUUCAGUUGCUGUAUUCCUUAAUGCUCUAAUGCCUGGUCCAAAUAUCGAUGCAAGCAGCGUCUACGGUGAGGCAUUCAGUGCAAUAACAUCUCAACUUGAUAAUCGUGUUACAUACGAUAAUGGACCUACAAAUCCUCCAGUGACCGUCAUCCUUGGUCCAAAGUUCUUGGCAGCUAAUGUUUACCAGCUGAGCCCGAUUGAGGAUUUGGCGCUGGCCACAACACUAGUAAGGCCAUUUUAUUCAUACCGUGUGGAAGAUAUUUCAAAGGAAAUAGUUCUUACAAGCAAAAGGUAUGGAUUCGUUACGCGAGUGUUCAUUGUUGGUGGUGAAAGUAAAGCUAUGAAAAAGGAAUUUGUACAGUUGAUGAUUGAAAAGAAUCCACCAGAUGAAGUGGAAGAGAUCCAGGGCUCUGACCAUGUCACCAUGAUGUCCAGGCCUCAACAACUUUUUACUACUCUUUUGAGCAUUGCCAACAAGUAUAGCUGAGAGCUGUUAGUUAAAAAGGAUAAGAGGGACAGGUGUAAGGCUAAUUACAAAACCUCAGUCAGUUCACAUAUCUGAUGCAUUUAUAUGGAAUUGACAUCAAUAAAUUUGAUAUUUCAAUCA